AGAUGGGGAACUGACAGCGCGAGAAGAGGACGACUCCACAUACACAUUUGCUCCAAUUGCAGCUCCGUUAACUCUGCUUUUUUGAACAGGAAUAUAAACAACGCCAGGCUAUACAUUGUUGCCCGUUGCCGGGAAUUAUUUGUUACUUUGUAACUCGUCGGUCGGUUUCUCUCUCUCUGGACGUGAAUGGAUACAAAGUUACUUUGGAGGAAUGGACUGAAGUUUUUAGCCAACUGGCUAACCAGCCGCGAGACACUGAAUACUUUGGGUUCACAACAAAGUCAAAACAUAUACAUCACUCUAUCUGGACACUUUUGAAUACUUUUUCACUUGAGUCGAACAUAUGUGUUGUGAAACAAUGGACGGGUGCUGGCGAGAUCCAUAGUGAGGACACAAUGGCUGCGGAUCUAGACACAUAGGUGUCCUACAGAAACAACAUCUACUGUAAAUUUUAUUAACCACUGAGCACAGUGGAAGAGAGGUUUACUCCUUUAUUAGCUCAUCAUUCACUGCAGUAACUUCCAGCAAUGCCAAACAGGCCUGCAGGCUUCUUGCAGUGAUGUCUUCGCUGUGACAUCUGGCUCACAUUGUAGCCUCAUUGUCAUGCUGGCCCUUGAAGUGGACCAUGGAAAAAGAGGGGGGAAUGUGGUUGCAGGAGGUCCAGGAGGGAAAACGGUGGCAGCAUGUACUUCCGUUACUCCCCAGCCACCCAUGCUUGAACCUGGCAUCAAUAUCAAGCAGAAAAUCUCCCAAUGGGAGGGGCUUAGCCACCAGGUGGAAGUCCAGACUGGGAGAGCAAAGACCCAACGAACCCUUGCCUGCCGCACUCUUUCAGGGGACCUUGUUGGAAACGGACAUGAUUGCAAUGACAAAAGUGAUGGAGUUCAUAACAAAGUGACUGUAUCGAAAGCCAAAAGCUUGGGUUUGGAUUUCAGGGAAAACCAGGUAUCUCAUAGACCGAUUAUAGAUACAGUCCACUCUGAUUACCCAAGAAAUCAAGCUCAUUUGAAUAAAACGCCUGCAAUUAAGCCAUUGGUCACUGUAACCCAUGUCCAGCCCCCUGAAACUAAAAUUAAUGUUAAAAAUGUUAACAGCAUUCAUAUCAAGACAAACCAUUUCACAGAAGUGGAAAUAACUUCUCUACCUCAAUGUGUAGAUGACCCAGAGGCAUCACUGCCUCCCGGCAACUUUUACACCUCCAGGGGUUUCUGGAAAAGACUGGAGGCAGAUGAAUCUUUCUGGGAGAGAGAGAAAGAUUCCUCAACUGUGACUAUGUGUCUUGGUGAAAUGAAAACAUGUCCACAAAAUUCUACUUCCCCUCCACCUAAACCACAGCGUACGUUCCAGUACAAGGGUGCGAACAGUCCACCAGGCCAGUGGAUCCAGUUGAAUCAGAACCAGAUGUCACCGGUCCGCAAAUCAAAUCAAGUCCGAAAGAAUGACAUCAUCUUAAAGCCACCCAGCUGUCCACCUCCUCCACGUCCAGUCAACACUUUCAACAGGUUUUCCAGAAACGGAAGGAACAGGAAGUCGUUUGAGUUUGAGGAUGUGGUACGGCUGACGGCUCAACAGGCCUCUAGAGGGAAGGAGGGCCAGCGUUCUGGCAUUUUCCACGCCCGGUCUGAAGACAACAUCUAUGAGGACAUUGUCUCUACGGAUAUGUCAAGAGAGAACCCAUAUGAAGACAUCACACUUCCUCCCAUGUGCUUACCCAUAAGAAGACCACGAAACUAUACUGUUGUACAGAGAGAGAGCCCACACCUCAAGCUGCCAGCGAAGCACUUCACACUUUCAGCUAAUGUUGACAGACUGCACAAAGUGGGGCGGGACCGAAAAGAAUCUUUAAUGUCACCUACCCGUACUUCUACUGCAAACACUUCUAAAUUAUCAGCAGUUAAACCUGCUACUGUGUACAAGACACACCAACAAGUCCCGCUUAUAAACAGGAUUCAGGAGAUCUUUGAAGCCAAAAGAGGGAGGAAACGAGUGUGGGCGACCGCAACCAGAGAUGAAUUGAGCGGGACAGAGAGUGAUCCAGAGGAGAGUUCUAAAGAUCGUUCCAAGCGUACAGUGUAUGUGCAGUCAACUCUAAAACGUCGGCCAGGUUACCGUACUUUAGAGAGGGACCUGAUCCAACUACAACAGCAGCAGCUUUUCCAGCAAUUUGUCGUGGUGUCGCUUAGAAAAACAUCCCCUGGAAACAGUUACAUACCUGAGAUCACACAACAGUUCCCUACAAAGUUUGAGAAGUCUUCUCGUCUGUCUCGUGAAGCCGAGGACAGAUUGAAAGCAAUUCCCAUGUUUUGUUUCCCUGACUGUCAUGACUGGCGUCCCUCCUCGGAUCACACAAGUGAAACGUUUUCUUUUGUCCUGACGGGAGAAGAUGGGAGUCGCCUAUUUGGAUACUGCCGUAAAAUCCUGCCCUGUGGGAAGGGAAAAAGACUACCAGAAGUUCACUGCAUCAUCAGCAGAUUGGGCUGCUUCAAUCUGUUCACCAAGAUCUUGGAGGAGGUGGAGAGGAGGAGAGAGAUUUCUCCUGCUUUGGUUCAUCCUUUCAUGCACAGUGUCAUGGAAGCUCCUUUUCCCGCUCCUGGACGCACCAUUACUGUCAAGAGCUUCCUGCCUGGAUCUGGCAAUGAGGUUUUGACUCUGUGCAGGCCAGUGGACUCUCGUCUGGAGCAUGUGGACUUUGAGAGUUUGCUUGAGUGUCUGAGUGUGAACAGACUCCUUCAGGUCUUUGCUUCAAUACUGCUAGAGAGGAGAGUCAUCUUCAUCGCAGAGAAACUCAGUGUCUUGUCUCGAUGUGCCCAUUCUGCCCUGGCACUGCUGUAUCCCUUCACCUGGCAGCACACCUUCGUACCUGUGCUCCCAGCCAGCAUGCUGGACAUAUGCUGCUCUCCCACACCCUUCGUCAUGGGAGCGCUUUCUCCUUCCCUGCCGCAGGUGCUAGAUAUGCCCAUCGAGGAGGUGCUUAUUGUGGAUUUGUGUGCAGACAAGUUUGUCGUUCAGCUUGGAGAUGAGGAUUGUAUCUUACCCAGCAAGCUGCAGGCAGCGCUUCAGGAGAUCCUGGAGAACAGGGAGGAGAUACUAGAACAAACCGCACGGGACAGGAAAGGAGAUGAAUCAGACCUGAGCACUUUGAUGUCGGAGGCAUUUGUGUGGUUCUUUGUUGAGCUGGUUGGGCAUUAUUCCCUUCAUAUGACCGAAGGAGGAACCGGUGGGUCCCGAGAGCUGCAGAGGGAUGUUUUCAGGAAAUCUCAUCCUUCACGAGGAGUGCGACAGUUUCUGCAGCUCUUCAUGGACACACAGAUGUUUGCCGGUUUCAUUCACGACCGAGAGCUUAGAAAAGGAGGUGUUAAAGGACUGUUUGAACUGAGAGCUGCAGAAUAUCUCGAUUCCUAUCCUGAACCAGAACCGAGUGGAGUCAACAAAUUUCUCAAAGGGCUUGGGAAAUUCUUACAGAAGAAAUAAAGAACUGUCCAAACAGCACUAAAUCUGUGUCAGAGCAGCCAUGAAUUCUUCACAAGAGUGUGAUGACUCAACCCACAUCUUGUUUCCUGUCCCGUUGACAAUACUCUUGGGUGGAGAUGAGGUCAACACUGGAAUCAGCUUGUUCCGCCCUGAAAAUUCUCCGGCUUGGAUUUGCUGUGCCAUCACAGAAGAGGAAAAGGCUUGAAAUUACUUUUUAAGCUCAAGGAACAAAGAGGAUGGAAUUAGAACACAGAGGAAAGGGAGCAGUCCCUGUCAUGUUAUUUUGGCCAAUAAGGAAAAACUAUGAACGUGUUAUAACAAGGGUUGGGUUAACGGCCAUUUCAGAUGUCUUUCACUUACCCUGUUCUUUUUCUUUAAUGUCAUUGUAUUAUACCAGAACAUAAGGUAGGCUAAUGCAAGUAUUUUUUUGUAUCUAAAACAUUUUCCAACUGAAAAUUAUUUGUAGUUUAAAAAAAACAUAAUGAAGGAUGGCUUCUAUUCUCCUUCAAGAAUUAAUUUAUGAUUUCUCAGAUGCACAGAAAUUACGUUUCAAAUUGAAUGUCAAACAUUAAACUUUUGUCAUGUUU